AUGCACUCUACCAAAUUCUUGGCAGCCAUCCUGGCUGUCGCCGGCACGGGUUUAGCCAUGCCCCUGGAGGCACCCAUCGCAACCCCGGCUUCCCCUUCCCCCACCGGUGCCGCCCCGGCCGUGAAGGGUCUUAAGGAGUCGUGGGUUGGCUGUGACAAUGGUCAUUGCCCCCCCGAGGACCCCAGUCCCUGGUCGAAGAAGGCCAAGGAGCGUUGGGCAGCGAAGAAGGCCAGGAUGCUAAAGAAGCCUUCGAAGCCCAAGAAGCUCAGCCCCGAGGAGCUUGAGAAGAACUUAACUGAGCUUUGGGGAGAAAAGAAGGCUAAGAAGUUCUUGGCAGCGAAGAAGGCUAAGAAGCCGCAGAACCCUCCCAAGACUGCGGAGCCUCCGUGCAACAAGGACAAGAGAGACGCGGCUGUCGACGGCGCCUGCGCAACCGACGAUGAUGGCUUCAGAAAGCUGUCGCCGGAGGCCCUCAGCGCCAUCCUCAACGCCGCCCCGGGGCCCGUCGUGACCAAGUCAAUGCCCGCCGUCGCCGCAGACAAGAUCCUGCCCAACGACGCCAUCGAGAAGAUCCGCGGCCGUCCUGGCCCCGGCGUCGUCGCCCCUACCGCAGCCGUCUCGGGUCCUCUCAAGCUGACCAAGAGGCCCGCCCGCACUUCCUCGGCCACCGGUACCCCUACCGCGUCCUCAGCUACCGUUAGCUCGACCGCCGCUACGGCGACCAACACCACCGGUACGGCGACCGGCACCACCGCCCCCACAAAGGCCCACCUCGCGGCCCGGGGCUACCCCUCCAACCUCGCGGACCUCGUCCGCGUCGGGCCCCAGAUCGAGAAGAAGUCGGCCACCGCGAUCCCCGCCAACAUGACGUCCCAGGAAUAUUGUGCUCCCAGAAUCGAGAAGAUCCGCCAGAAGGGCAUCGAAGCCGGGGACAAAGUCGGGGAGCCUUCCAUGGCGACCAAGAGGGCCGAGUUAAAGGCCAUGGUGGGCUGUAUCAUCGAAAUAUUCAGGGACGCCUUGCUCGGUCCUGAGAGCGCGAAGCCCACCGCGACCCCGGCGCCCAACGCCCCCGACUGCGCUUACAUCAUGGACGAGGGCGUCAAGGAGAUCAUGGCCAAGGGAGACGCGGCCGUGGAGAACAACGAGGCCUUCCAGCAGUGUGUCUUCGCUGAGGCCGCGAGCCAGAGUUCGGCUUUGUCGAAGCGUGGUCGUAUCGAUCGUAUCCCAGUGCUGGAUGAUGCUACCCGCGAGCGUCUCAUUGCCGAGGGCGAGAUCAUUGUCCUCACGGGAAAGCGCAAGACGGGCAGCAAGCCUCAGCACUCUUGA